GUAACACAAGCAGAGGGUUGAGUUACUGAACUAAAAGAGCAAGGACAGAGGGUUAUCAAAGAGUACAGGUGACUGAAUAUUGAGGCAAAGCCCCAAACAAAAAUCUACAAGUACGUCACAUUCCCACAAAUAUCCAGACCCCUCUCUCCCUCUCUCCGACUCUCACUCACAGAUAUGGCUAACUCCACCUCCCGGAACUCUCUCAUUGCCGCUUCGCUUUUCUACUCAUUCCAAUUCUAGGGUUUCUAUGUUCUGUAUUCGGCCAUGGUGGACUCUCUUUGAUUAUGUAAUCUCUUGUAUUAUUGAAAUUUCGUCAGAAACUUGCACCUUUUGUAGUUUGCACCAAGAUGACCAAUGUCAAAUCUUUUGAACACGUUGAAGAUGCUCAGUAUGUGCUCUACGUAUCCCCAUUGCCAACUUGCUUUCAUGGUUCACUGUGUGGAAGGACUACAAAGUUCGUCCAAAAGUAACUGAUUGCAAUGGCAUUGUCCUUUCCCAAAGAGCAACAUUGGAUAUUAGCACAUGUUUAUAAAUGUGAUUUUUUAAUUGGAGGUUGUAAAUAAGAAGAUUGGAGAUGGGAAUAUUAAAACACUUCAUAGUUCAAGAUUGGGGAAGAAAAUGCAUCAAGCUUGGGGUUGACUAUUAUUCAUUCCUGUCAUGCUAAUGUUGCAUGAAUAUUUUCAUAGUGGGGGAUAAUCCUGAAAGUAUGACUUAUAAAGUAUGGAAGUCAUACAUGUGAGGGUAGGUUGAAUAGGCAAGCCCCUGAUUUGGUCCAUGAGGGUAUGGGUUAAUUCCUUAUGGGACCUGGCACCUGCCUAGCAAUAUGAUAAUGUUUCUCACCUCCCAGAGCUUAUAGGGGGUUCUUCAAUGGGACAAGUAUAAAAAUAAAUAUAAUUAUUGAAGUUAUCGUGCACCUUUUUUCAUAAUUAGUUGUUCUUGAGGUGUGAGUAUGUCAGGUUUGGUUGCAUUAAAUUGGCCAGAGUACAUAAUCCAGACAAGUUGUUGAAUUAAUGUAAUUACUUGCCGUAGAUGGAAUUUUAUGCUUUGGUAGUGGAACAUUUGACUAUUAGUUGGCGAAAUUUGAGGGGAGAUAAACUUGGAAUUUGUUCAGUAGUAUUGGUUGCAGUUUAUUUUCUUUGGUCCAGGAAUUUUCAGAAUGCUGCUUUUGUUAGAAUAGUUUUUAAUUUUCCAUUAGAUCUAGAUGUUUCCUUAGUAGUUUUGAGAUUUUUUCAAAACUUGAGAUUAUCCUGGUGCUCUUUGAAGAAGUUUUAUUCCACCUUUGUUUAACCAUUAAUACAUGGUAAAUUGACAUCUAGUAUAUACAUAGAUUGGAGUCACACUUUUAAAGAUAUUGAAAUAAAAUGUUACAGGGCAGUACCAGAGAUCUUAUUGUUAUUUUUAGGAAACUUUAGAAUAGAUUGUAGGCUUUUUUAUAAAAGUUUGAAGUGGCACCUUGUUGUUAGUUAAUUAAUGUCGCUAUCAGACAUAUGAACUAAUAAUAUUAAGUGUUGCAACAUGUAUCUGCUCCCUAUAAUUAAAAACAGUUGCAUUUUGCUCCACUUUUAGAGGUUUUUUAUUAUUUAAUGGGUUUUAAUAUUUAAUUUGAACAAUAUGUAUCCUGCCGAGGUCCAGUUUUUUUUUCCCUUGUGGGAUUCAUUUAUAUUUUCAUGAUUGAGUUAUUUUUCUAGGUUAGAUUUCUAGUAGUAUGGAUUUAGUGAACAACUCUACAAAUUGCUUGUAGAUGCUUGUGGAAUCAGUUGUACGCGUUUCUUUUUUUCUUUCUUUUUAUACUGCUUAUAGAACCCUGUGCGUAUUGGGUAAUGGCCUAACUGCGAAAUUAAUUUUAUGUACUGGUUUGAAAUUUAUACCCAUUCGUCAGCAACUCAAAGUCACUUUGGGGAUUCUAGGUUGUUCAAACGGAACACUUCCCAUGAGUUUUUGAAUUGGAAGAUCUUGGGCGUAUUGGGCUGGGAAGCUACAUAGUCAUUUAAAGGAUUAAGGUGAAACCCCAGCAAAUGACCCAAAUCAUGUAGUGAGUUGCUUACUUGAGGAAGACAGAGAAAUCAAAGAAACAAGGAAUCUGGAAGUAAACUGACAUACAUAUUUAUUGUCUUCUGUCAUUUCCAUAUUGUAUUGUGUAUGAUCAACUGGCAACGUUGCUCCUUUGGGCCUGGAAGAAAUGAGUGGAAGUGGAAGAAAACGCUCUUCAAAAUGGGAUUUGAGGGAUCAGCCUAAAUUUGAAGAUAUAAAUGCACAAGACGAUGGCUGGCCUGGAAAAACUGGUAGAUCAGUUUAUCAAAGAGAAUCAGGGCAUGGUUGGCAGUCUCCAGAGCUUCCUGGGAGUAAUGGUUCGAAAUGGUCAGCAUUAGAUACAAAUGAUAUAAGAUCUAAGCAUGAUUCAGUGUUUCUAGCUAGGGACACUUUUUCUGGAAGCCGAGGUUCACACAAGAAUGAGAACAUUGAUAAGGACUGUAAUAGAUAUGUAUCAGACUCUAUGGCAUGGGAUGCAGAUGAGGAUUAUGGUACGAGAAUGUCUCCUGGUCUUGAUGAAUGGAGACAGCAACAUCAUAGUCAAUCUCCUAAAAGUGGUUGGAGCAGGUCAAUGAGGGAUAGGAGUGGAAGCAGGAGCAGGAGCAGAAGCAGGAGUAGGGGUAGAAGCAGGAGCCCUGUUCGCGGCCUCAGGCGGGAAUCUGGGUUCCUUGACAGAAGUAGAAGCAGGUCUGGUGUAUCGAAUCAAUUGUGUAAAGAUUUUACUGCUGGGAGAUGCAGGAGAGGUAAUAAUUGUCCAUUUCUUCACGAGGAUGGCGAAGCUUAUGAGGAUUACUGGGACAGUAGGCACAGGAAAGGUGGAAGCUCAAAAUAUUCCACCCUUGAUACGAGAGACUAUUCCUUGAGGAGUGGAAGAUCUUCUGGACUUUGUAAUGAUUUUGUAAAAGGAAGGUGUCGGAGGGGUGCAUCUUGCAAGUUUGAGCAUGGUGCUUCUGAUGGUUUCAGCAAAGGACCUAUGAAUGAAGUUACUAGAGAUAAGGAAACUGACAGAAGAAGAAGAGAUACUUCUGAUGAACGAGGUGUUGAGCACGAGGCCCGCAGGAAUAGUGAUAUUCCAUGUAAGUUCUUUGCUGCUGGAAAUUGUCGUAAUGGGAAGCACUGUCGGUUCUCUCAUCAUAAUCAGGCAUAUUCAAGCCCUGACAGGAAAUCACAAGAUAAAUGGGCCUUGGGUCGCAAAUCAGAUGAUGUCAACCAGGCUUGGGAUGGUCCAAAAUGGAGUGAUACAGGUAUUGCAUUAGAUGCUGCUAAGUUUACCGAGAACAUAAGUGGAAAUGUUGGUGCUCUCAAUGGAAGUUCUACUGCUUGGUCUAUGAGUGAGAGAUUGGGAAACCGUGUGAACAAUGAGAAUAUUACUAGUGGUGCUGACUUAAAUGUUAGCUGUGAAGCUGCUAUAACCAAUGAGAAAGAACCCAUUCGGUGGAAGACAGAUAAUGUGGGAGCUGGCAUGGGUCUCUCUGAAGUAAGACGUACUGAUAAAUGGCUUGAUGAUAUGGACAUGUCUCCAGAUUGGAACUAUGCAGUUCCCUCAGCUACUCAUGUUGUGAAAGAAGAGCAUAGUCGCGCCACUCAACGUUCAGAAUCUUUGAAUGAAAUGCAUGUAACAUCUUCUAAACAGAGUAUUAUUCCAGAGGCUUCAGGUCGAAUUAAUGGGGCUCCUGGUGCUGUACAACCAAUUAUAAUUGAAAAAUCUGUUUUUCAACCAAAACAUGAUCUGAGGGAUGAUAGUGCUAUUGCAUUGCCAUAUGAUAAUAAUGACGUAGUUAGAAAAACAGGCAAUUCUGGUGCUGACCUAAAUAUCUUCGAUCAGAACUGCCAGCCUGCAAGUGUUUUCCCUUUUUCAAACUUGAACACAAUUGGGCAAAGUCAGGCAGUGAUCCCAACUGAACCUCAAGAUGGAAUUCUGAAAAAUCUGCACACUAACACAACACAUACAGAGGGAACCAUUGUUACAAAGCCAGAUUUUCGGGAGGCGAAAACAUCACUAAUGAAUUCUGGAAUUGAUCCAUCACAGAGGAUGGUAAAUGGUGAACAAGUCGCCCAUCUUACCAACCUUUCAGCUUCUCUGGUGCAGUUAUUUGGAAAUGGACAGCAACUUCCACAACUUUAUGCAGCUCUUAAUUCCAAUAAUCCCUCUGGCACCCCUUCCUUUACCAGUGGUUCAGUUACUUCUACUAUUUUGCCAGAUGCUGUUAUUGGGCCACAUAAGCAUUAUGAUCCUAUACAAGAUAGUACAGAUUCUAGAAGGCCUGAAGUCAGCAACAAUACCUCAGCAGUUUUAACAAAUAACACUGCGAAGGCAAGUGAUUCAGAUGGUAAACCUGAAAUACAAUUGAAAAACAUAACCCCGUCAUCUUUUCCUGUCAUAUCGGAUACCACUGAUUGUAAACAGGCUGGUGGUUUGGUAGAAGAAACCAACCUUACGAGGCAAUUGUUGACUUCACUAGAGCCAAAUCCAAGUUCCAAGGCUACCAAGGGAAAGAAUGAACUAAAAUCUGGGGAAAACAUGAAAGCAGAAGAAGAAACUUUAAAAGCGGAGGAAACUAUAAAAGUGGAAGAAACUGAUCCCUUAGAUGGUGAAGAUAAAGAGGGGGCUAAUGACGGAAAGAAAAACAAGGAUGCAAAGGGAGUUCGUGCAUUUAAAUUUGCACUUGUGGAGUUUGUUAAAGAGCUUUUAAAACCAACAUGGAAGGAUGGUCAGAUUGGUAAAGAUGCUUACAAAACUAUAGUAAAGAAGGUGGUUGACAAAGUAACAGGUACCAUGCAGGGAGCUAAUAUUCCUCAAACACAAGAGAAGAUUGAUCACUAUCUGUCUUUUUCAAAGGCAAAGCUUACAAAACUUGUACAGGCAUAUGUGGAAAAAUCUCAGAAGGGCUGAGCUGUUUAUAGACAUAACUCUUGAGUUUCUAUUUACAUCUUUCCUGUUCCAUAGGGUUAGCUGUUACAACUUUCCUUGUGUAUUUAUGUUUCCGCACUCAUCAGCUGAUGCAAAAAGCGGAAGAAGCUUUUCGAUACAGAAAUCUGAAUGUGUUGUCAAUGAUGAAGUUAUGGUUGGUAACAGUGAUUACAUUAAAAUUUUCUUAUUUUCAAUGUAUUUUAGUUAACUGGCUUAGCUAACCUCACAACUACUUUUGGUAGAUAUUAGAGCUUUUCGUUUGGACGGGACUUGAAUAGUAUUUGGAUUUACUUGUGGGUAGUUUAUGCAUGUUGAUCAGUUUGCAGGGAUUGUAUGUUUAUAUCUUUUUGGUACUAUAAUGCUGCUUCUAUCUUCGUCCCUAAUUGUUGUUUAUUUAUAUGAAAUAAUUCCUUCAGUU